CUUUGUUGGUGACAGCGAAGAGGUGGAAAAUAUCACGUGAUCUUUGUGUUCAGUCUUUGCCCACGCCAGGCAUCGUGAACACAUUAAACUUUCAUCUCAACAAAUUUGCGCUGGCCACCCUCAUCAUUCGCCUCAGCCCACUAUGGCGAGAAACGGAAUCGUUCUCGACACUUCUGGCGAGUCAUCAAGUGAAUCCGGCGAUGAUCGUUCCGACUCUUCACGAUCUUCGGGUGCCGCUCUCAUCGACGACGAAGCUCACGAGUCCAGCGACAUAUCAAGCUCUGACGAUGAGGACAGUGACCUCUCGACAAACGGGGACGGCCGCGUCUUCCACCAGUUUGCACGUCUACCGCCCGAACUGCGCCAGCGCAUAUGGCUGUUUGUUUGUCCAGAUCUCGAAAACCCAAAGCCUCGCGUCUUGACCCUUCGCCCUGUGAACUUCUCGCCCAGGAAUCGGCCGCAACUCUUUGAUGACCUAUGGCUCAAACCACAGACCGCAGCGCUGCGACUGGUGUCUUCGAUACAUCACGAGUCAAGGAACCUAGUGACAUCGAAAUUUCCAAACGUCUUUGGUAUCUCGGCUGGCGACUCCGGUGACGGAUUGAUUCGUUUCGACGCGGAACGUGACAUUAUUCUGGUCAGUGGCCUUGGGUGGACCGAUGCUGGCGAGAUAGGCGGGGACUGGGCCAACCUCCUCGCCCAAGUAAAGCAUCUCGCCAUCCCAAUUAUAUGGUGCGGAUUUAUACGUGACAAUCUUGACAGGAUUGGCGAUAUGGCCGGUCAUCGUAUCGAAAGACUUUAUCUAGCGAUAGAUGAGGAUCUUAUGACGGACCGCGAGAAACGAUGGGCUGUGACGGAACACGCUCAUCGUUACGAUGCGGAGUACGAGGAGGAUUUGGGGGGUGUUGUUGAGACUCAAUCCACCCGGUGGACAUGGCCCGACGUCGACACGUUCCCCGACUUUGCCAAAUAUCACGCACAGGGCGCUAUAGAGCGCCACCUGCCCACAAAUGUUGCGCUUGAAGAUCUGGCCGGAGACGGGGAGACUGAGUUCUUCCCCAUGAUACAAUGGGAGAUGGGAGGAUGCAGCUACGACAGCCAGGACUAUGACUUUGCAGGGCCAAAUUUUGUUCGUUUGUGGCAGCAGUACCAAUGCGGAGUGCCGUUGGAUCAAGACAGCGGGGAUUCAGGAGAUGAUCUGGACGACGACUUCCUCAACCCUCCCAAUUUCGAAGACGCAUACGAAAGCGAGGGACUGGAUGAUGCAUCUGUUGGGGAACCGGAGUCUGACUCUGGAGAUGAAAUCCUACCUGGGCCCGUCAAUGUCGACGACUCAUCGGAAACAGAAGCUGGCGAGCCUCAUCCUGGGCGAUUCUCCAGCCCUGAUAUCAGCAGUGAGGAAGAGGAAGAGGAAGAACAAGAGCCCGGUCCACCACGGCCAUCAAAACGGAAAAUUUUCGGCGAUUCCAGCGAUGAGGAAGACGAGGCCCCUCCUGCAAAACGCGUUCGGACUCGGCCGGUAGUCGAAAUCUCUGACGAUGAAGACGAGGAGGAGGACAAGGAAGAGCCAGUGCGUGGGCCAGCCCGCGGCAGAGCGCAGGUCAUUUCGUCAGAUGAGGUGGAGGGUGGCGGUGCCACAGCCGCUUCCACCAGCUCCGACGAGGACGAUGAAGAGGAAGAUGAGGAGCCACCAGCACGCAGUCUUACGCUAGCUCAGCGGCUGGCAAAUUUCCGGGAGGAAAUUCCCACACCGACUGCCCGUGCGCGUGGCCGUCACCAUGCCACGAGCGGCGGCGAAGAUGAGGAAAGCUCGGACGAUGAUGACAGCGAAGAGGAAGAGGACAGCGAAGACGAUUCAGGCGAUGAGAAUCCACUCGUCGAUGACAUCGCUAGCGAGACGGACGACGACGAUGGCGACGGUGAAGAUGAUGAGGAGGAAGGCUGGUGAGCGCGCUUGGAACAUGCUCCGCUA